GCUCGGUAUCGACCAUCCACUCCCUCCAUCCUCACUUUGUCAUAUCGGCUGUCUCCACCGUUGACUCCAGUACCUCAAGUCAACACCUCAUCCACUUUGACCACGCACAGCAUGAGUUUCCCCAGCGUGACCCCGCCCCUCGGAGGGAUGGGCAGCGGCCCGAACAUGCAGGGCAUGAGCGAGCAGGAGCAAGCGAUGGUGAAGCUGAUGUACGGCGCGAUGGAAUCCUGCCCCGUGAAGACGGUCAUCUCGGGUACGAUGGGUUUCGGUCUGGGUGGUGUGUUCGGUCUGUUUAUGGCUAGUAUGUCCUACGACUCCACCUUCACCCCCCAAGGCAAAGCGAUCAUGGACCUCCCCUGGCGCGAACAGGUCCGCCGCGGCUUCAAGGACAUGGGCUCGCGCUCGUGGUCGUCGGCCAAAAACUUCGGCAUCGUGGGCGCGCUCUACUCGGGCACCGAGUGCUGCAUCGAGGGCCUGCGGGCCAAGAACGACCUCACCAACAGCGUCGCGGCGGGGUGCAUCACCGGCGGCAUCCUGGGGGCCAAGGCCGGCCCCCAGGCUGCUGCGGCCGGGUGUGCCGGUUUCGCGGCGUUCAGUGCCGCCAUUGAUGCUUAUAUGCGGAUGCCGGCGGAUGAUGAUUAGACUCUCUUUUCAAUGAUGGGGGUGAUGGAAGGGUUGGUGGUGGUGGUGGUCGCUGCUACUUGUACAUGUUCCAUACAUGGGUUGGCGUUAAGUCUUUUCUUCGGGAUAGAAAUGGGUGCAUGAUGGCGUUUCGUUCUUCGUGCUUUUUUUUUUAUUGUCUGCUGCGGCUGCUUUUGUCUGGUCUAUGGACUCACUACUCUUGUAUAGUAUUACUAUUUCCCC